AUGUGGCAUGUGGUACUGGGGCGGGUGGCUUCGGAUGUAGAGAGCAGUCAUGAGGUGCCUGUCAGCCACAAGGCGUGCUGCCAGUCUUGUAUCGAUCGGCUCUGUGUCAUCUUUCUUCUGCCCCUUGGUGUAAGCCUACACGGCCGGCCGUUGUGGGUAACGACUGUGCGCAGGGUCGCGGUGCUCAUGUGCAUGAUGCAGUGGGCAGCGUGCGUUCACACAGCGGUUGCUGGAGCUAACACCGGAUGGCAAAUGGGCAGCUGCUUGCUGCAUGUGUCGGAAGCAACUGCGAACCUGAUCCUGUUGUUGCAGAUGACCUGUAGCAUCAGGUUCCACGAGUUCACCGCAUAUAUGAUUGAGGCCAUGCAGUGCAAAAGCAUGGUACCAGCCCAACAGUCGGCCAUCAAAUGGCACAUCUUUGCGAUCCUCUCAUGCCUGGUCAGCUGGAUGUUUUGCCAUGUCGCGAAGUUCCGACUUGUUGCCAUGGGCGGCGGGCAGAUGACAUGGCAAGUCACCGCAUUGGCUUGCCUCCAAUGCCUUUAUCGAGCGGCUUGGGUGUUGUGGGUUCUGCAUUUAAGCGAGUUUGUCAACGAGCUCGUAGAUGCCUUCUGCCUUCUGCCGCAGCUGUGCGAGUAG